AAGCGCUGAAUGGAACGUGUCCAGCAGUGCCCAGGUUGAACUUGGGAGGGAAUGACUGUAAGGGUGAAUGAUAGAUACAUAAAGGAAGAUGAGAUCAGGGGCUCUGGAGACUAGGAAAGGGCUGGGCUGGGUGGAGCUUAGAUCAACUGACCAGCUUCAUCUAUAAAAGCCACAGUCUCACAUCCUGUUGUGACUCAGCUUUGAUCAAAACUACUGGAGACAAAAAGACCAGACGAAGACGAAGAUACAACUAGGCAUAUCCUUGAAUAAAAGGUUUAAACAGCAAUUAGAAGCAAAACCAUGAGUCACUCUACAUUUCGCACCUCUUAUCACCGCACUUUCGGGACGCCUGUCUAUAGCCCCGUGUCCAGUCGCAUCGGGGGCCGCUACAUCUCCUCCUCUGUUCCCACGCGCUCGGUAGACUUCAGGAGCCGCUCCAGUGCUCCGGCCCCCCGUCUCUCUUACGAUAAAGUGGACUUCUCAGUGGCAGAGGCCAUCAACCAGGAGUUCCUUACCACACGCAGCAAUGAGAAAAGAGAACUGCAGGAACUCAAUGACCGCUUUGCCAGCUUCAUAGAGAAGGUCCGGUAUUUAGAGCAGCAGAACUCAAAGCUGAUUGUGGAGCUGGAUCAGUACAAGGACCAGCAGCAGGGGCCAUCAGGCCGCAUCAAUGAGCUGUGCCAGCAGGAGAUGAGAGAGAUGCGCAGACAGCUGGAGCUGAUGGGCAAAGAUCGAGACCAGAUGCAGGUGGAGAGAGACAACCUGGCCGAAGAUGUGGCCCUGCUCAAACAGAGGUUAAAUGAGGAGAUGCAGAAAAGACAGGAAGCUGAGAAUAAUUUGACUCUGUUUCGUAAGGAUGUGGAUGAUGCUACACUCGCUCGACUGGAGCUGGAGAGAAAGAUUGAGUCUCUGAUGGACGAGAUCGAGUUCCUCAAGAAGAUGCAUGAUGAGGAGAUUCAAGACGUGCAGGUGAGUGUUCAGAGUCAGCAGAUGAAGAUGGAGGUGAUGGAGACGUCCAGCCGGCCUGAUCUGACAGCGGCACUUCGAGACAUCCGGGCUCAGUAUGAGAGCAUCGCCACCAAAAACAUGCAGGAGUCCGAGGAGUGGUACAAGUCCAAGUUUGCUGACCUGACUGAUUCGGCGAAGCGCAACGCUGAGGCCGUGAGGCAGGCUAAACAAGAGACCAAUGACCUGAGGAGGCAAAUUCAAGCCCAGAACUGCGAUAUCGAUGCUCUCAAAAGCACUAACGAGGCUCUGCAGAGGCAGAUGAGAGAAAUGGAAGAGCAGUUUGCAGCAGAGGCCGGAAACUAUCAAGACACCGUGUCCCGUCUGGAAGAAGAGAUACGGCACCUGAAGGAGGAGAUGUCACGCCACCUGCGGGAGUACCAGGAUCUGCUCAACGUUAAGAUGGCCCUAGAUAUUGAGAUCGCCACCUACAGGAAACUUCUGGAGGGAGAGGAAAACCGAAUUGUGGUUCCUAUGAUGAAAAUGCCUUCAAUAAGCGGACACGGCGGCGAUUACGGUCAGUUUUCUGAUACUGGACCUGGAAAGAAAGUCGUAAUCAAGACUGUUGAGAUUCGUGAUGGAGAGGUGGUGAAAGAAUCCACAAAGGAGAAGGGCAGAGACGAGAAAAAAGACGGCCAAGGACAAGCUGACAAAGAUUAGAGAGUGCAGAUAAAUGAAUGCUGGAUGAGUUAUUGUGUGUUGCAGUUUUAAUGCGAGUGUAAUGGCACACAUGCCGUUUACGACGAUGCUUGUAGUGUAGUGAAUAAGCAAAUGUGACUCACUGUUGUGUACAAUAUGGUGCUAUUAAUAUAAUAUCAGCGUAACAUGACAACGCCUUAACUAACAAAUCAAGUAUGCAGGCCUAAAUAAAGUCAGUAACAAGAUGCCCAAGAAACGAUCACUUACAGACAACAAAAACAAUAAUUCAGAAGUUCAUGUCAAUGUAAUCUUCAAAUAAAAGUGAACGGAAAUGGAA